UCGGCAGUCGCGCCUGGGCAAGAUGGCGGCGCCCAUGGCGGCGUGUCGGUGAGCGCGGGCCAUGCUGGCGCUGCUGGGCCGCGGCCUGGCCGGGCCGGCCCGCGCCGGGGCCGCCGUGCUGGGCAGGGCAGAGCUCGGCUGCAGUCCUGUGCUCCAGGCAGCCAGGGGCUAUGCCAGACCUGUGACAAAGAAGAGGAAAGACAUCCCCAGCCAUCUGGAUGACCUUCCUCCCACCAUGCUGAAGAAGGAUUAUGCCAAUCUCCCAGUCAUGAGCAGCGUGGAUGAUGUGGUGAAACGGCUGCUGUCCCUGGAAAUGGCAAGUCAGAGGGAGAAGCUGAAGGUAAAGACACAGCAGCUGGUGGAGAAGGUCAGGAGGUCUCCCAAUGACAAUGGCUCCUUUGAGGUGCAAGUUGCUAUUUUGACUGCCAAGAUACGCACGCUCGAGGAGCACCUCCAGAGGCACCCCAAGGUAACUCAGGGAUCUGAGCCCACAGCUGCUCAGGUGCUUUUCUCAGUUAAUAACAAAAGGAGCUUAAUCCUGGGGAUUAUGGCUUUCCUAAGGAGGUUUAUGCAAUGGUUACAGCUGCUCCCUGGUGCCAGUGUGGGGAGCUGCUGGCUCAGACACAGCUGGAUUCUCGCCCGCUCUGCUCUGUGCUCUGGUUUGUUACUGUAGUGGAGGAAACAGCUG